CCCCCAGCGCCGCCAGCGCCGCCGAGCGGAGCGAGUGCCGCGUCGCAGGGGCGCAGGAGCCAUGACCCUCCGCCGACUCAGGAAGCUGCAGCAGAAAGACGAGGCGGCGGCCACCCCGGACCCCGCCGGCCGGGCUCCCGAUUCGGAAGUAGCUCCCGCCGCUCCGGCCCCGACCCCGGCCACGGGCCCCCCUGCUGCAGCUGCUACCCCUGGACCCCCCGGGGAUGAGCUGUACGCGGCGCUGGAGGACUAUCACCCUGCCGAGCUGUACCGCGCGCUCGCCGUGUCCGGGGGCACCCUUCCCCGCCGAAAGGGCUCAGGAUUCCGCUGGAAGAAUCUCAGCCAGAGUCCUGAACAGCAGCGGAAGGUGCUGACCUUGGAGAAGGAGGAUAACCAGACUUUCGGCUUUGAGAUCCAGACUUAUGGUCUUCACCACCGAGAGGAGCAGCGUGUGGAGAUGGUGACCUUUGUCUGCCGAGUUCAUGAAUCCAGCCCUGCACAGCUGGCUGGGCUCACACCAGGGGACACCAUCGCCAGUGUCAAUGGCCUGAAUGUGGAAGGCAUACGGCACCGGGAGAUUGUUGACAUCAUCAAGGCAUCUGGUAAUGUUCUCAGACUGGAAACUCUAUAUGGGACGUCAAUCCGGAAGGCGGAACUGGAAGCUCGCCUGCAGUACCUGAAGCAAACCCUGUAUGAGAAGUGGGGAGAAUACAGGUCCCUCAUGGUGCAGGAGCAGCGGCUGGUGCAUGGCCUGGUGGUGAAGGACCCCAGCAUCUAUGACACGCUGGAGUCUGUGCGUUCCUGCCUCUAUGGUGCGGGCCUGCUCCCCGGCUCGCUACCCUUCGGGCCUCUGCUUGCUGCACCCGGGGGGCCUCCUGCGGGCUCCCGGCGGGCCCGGGGUGACACCGAUGAUGCCGUGUACCACACGUGCUUUUUCGGGGGAGCCGAACCGCCGGCGCUGCCGCCCCCGCUGCCCCCCGCGCGCGCCCCCGGCCUGGGAUCCGUGGAGGCCCCGGGCUCUGUGCCCUGCCCCGGGGCGCGCACCACACUCAGCCGCAGUGCCAGCGUGCGGUGCGCGGGCCCGGGCGGGGGUGGUGGCGGGGGCGCGCCGGGCGCGCUGUGGACUGAGGCCCGGGAGCAGGCCCUGUGCGGCCCCGGGCUGCGCAAGACCAAGUACCGCAGCUUCCGCAGGCGGCUGCUCAAGUUCAUCCCGGGACUCAACCGCUCGCUGGAGGAGGAGGAGAGUCAGCUGUAGGGGCGGGGGAGGGCGGGGAGGUAUUUAUUUAUUUAUUCAUUCGUGACAGCCAGUGCAAAAAGUGGGAGUGGUAGUCCCGGGCCCAGAGGACCCCAGGAGCCCAGAGCUGCGGGAGAGGGUCCUUGCUAGCCCUGACCAGACUGGUUGGUUCAAGGCUUGACUUUGUUUGCCAAGCCAGUGGGAAGCCCAGGCCCUGUCUCUCCUCCUCUUCUAAACCACAGAGGGAGCUGGGGCAGGGGGAGAAUAGGCCUUCCAAAUUUGGGAGAGGUCUGUGGGCCAAAGAUGGGUGUACUAUCCUAUAGUCUGGAUCAGUAGUGCCUUGUGGGGUGUCCAGGAAAAAUCCCACCUGGGGUGGGGAACCCUGCCCCACGAAGCCCUCUCUUCAGCUUUAUUUGCUCUCCCAUUCAGCCUUGGGGAGAAGUGGCCCGUGGUGGGUCACUCCCCCAUCCUACACACACACA